CAAACUGACAGGAUCAUGACAGAGCCAAGCAGUAGAAAAGAAGGAUUUAAAAAAUGCCGGAGUGCCACUUUCAGCAUUGAUGGCUUUAGCUUUACAAUUGUUGCAAAUGAGACAGGCAACAAAAAUGCUCGACCGCUUUCACGAUUUGCUCGGUCAAAGUCACAAAACUGCGUAUGGAACACCAUUAUUGGUGGGCUUACCGAUAAUCUCAAAGAAAGGCAGAAGCCAACCAUCAUUCAUGAUCCUAGGACUCCAGAGGAAAUCUUAGCAGAUGAGUUACCGCCAGUGGACAGUCCAGAAGCAUUAGUGAAAACAUCUUUCAGGUUGCGGUCUUUGGUAAAGCAAUUAGAGAGAGGAGAGGCUUCGGUUGUAGACCUAAAAAAGAAUUUGGAAUAUGCAGCUACCGUACUUGAAUCAGUGUACAUUGAUGAGACUAGGCGUUUAUUGGACACAGAAGAUGAGCUCAGUGAUAUUCAGUCAGAUUCCGUGCCCUCUGAGGUCCGGGAUUGGUUGGCCUCCACCUUCACGCGGCAGAUGGGGAUGAUGCUUAAAAGGUCCGAGGAAAAGCCCCGGUUCAGGAGCAUCGUCCAUGCAGUGCAAGCUGGUAUAUUCGUGGAGAGAAUGUACAGACGGACAUCAAAUAUGGUUGGCCUGAGCUACCCACCAGCUGUAAUUGGAGUGCUAAAGAAUGUAGACAAGUGGUCCUUUGAUGUAUUUGCACUGAAUGAUGCUAGCGGGGAUCAUGCGCUGAAAUUCAUUUUCUACGAACUUCUCACACGCUACGAUCUGAUCAGCCGUUUCAAGAUUCCCAUUUCUGCUCUUGUCUCCUUUGUGGAAGCACUGGAAGUUGGAUACAGCAAACAUAAAAAUCCUUAUCACAAUCUAAUGCACGCAGCAGAUGUUACACAGACUGUACAUUAUCUCCUUUUUAAGACAGGUGUGGCGCACUGGCUGACAGAGCUGGAGAUCUUUGCUAUGAUCUUCGCAGCUGCCGUCCAUGACUAUGAACACACUGGAACCACCAACAACUUUCACAUUCAGACACGGUCAGAUUCAGCCAUUCUGUACAAUGACCGAUCUGUGCUCGAAAAUCACCAUGUCAGUGCAGCCUAUCGCCUUUUGCAAGAUGACGAGGAGAUGAACAUUUUGUCUAACCUCUCAAAGGAUGAUUGGAGGGAAUUCAGGGCCUUGGUGAUAGAGAUGGUGUUGGCCACUGAUAUGUCCUGUCACUUCCAGCAAAUCAAAGCCAUGAAGAAUGCUUUGCAGCAGCCAGAAGGAAUCGACAAGCCGAAAGCCUUAUCACUGUUGUUGCAUACAGCAGACAUCAGUCAUCCAGCCAAGGCCUGGGACCUUCAUCAUCGCUGGACCAUGUCCUUGCUAGAGGAGUUCUUCAGACAGGGUGACAAAGAAGCAGAACUAGGGCUUCCUUUCUCCCCGCUGUGUGACCGCAAGUCUACUAUGGUAGCUCAGUCUCAGAUAGGUUUUAUUGAUUUCAUUGUGGAGCCCACUUUUACUGUGCUGACAGACAUGACAGAGAAGAUUGUAACACCCCUAAUUGAUGAAGCCUCCCGCUCUGGUAUGACUGGAUUUAGACGUUCCAGUUUGAAUAGCAUUAGCCCCUCAGAAGUUAAAAGAUCAAGUGUCAAGAGCACUGGGUCAGAAGGAAGUGCCUCACUCAACUGUUCCAUACUCACUGUGGAUUUCAAAUGUUUUAAAGCCACCUGGACCGAGGUGGUGCAGCAGAACCGGGAGAAAUGGAAAGCAAAAGCAACCAAAGAAGAAAAAGCUAAGAAAGAAGCUGAGGAAAAUGCUCAUCAGGGAACAGAGGAAAAGAAAACAGAAGAAAAUGAGGAGAAAAGUCCAGCCGAGGAUACCACGACAGCCACGUCAGAAAACAGCAAAGAACCAAAUCCUGGGGAAAGUAAGAGCACAGAAUCUAGCAAAGGUCAUGUAAAUGGGACUCAGCAAAGUGGUGUGAACAAACUCGAAGCCUCUCAAGGGAGAAAACAGUCUAGAGCGGACAAGGGCAGUGAGUCUCACCAAGCAACAGGAGAGGAGAAACAGCAUGUCCAAAAUGGUGAAUUAAAGGAUGAUAAUAACCAGUCAGAUGAGAAAGAUCAGUCUAGUAUGGGAAAUGAAUCAAAGAAAACAGAUGGUUCAAAGCGACAUUCAAACGAGGCACCAGGCUCAGGUUCCACGACAAGCCGCCUUACGUUGCCAGAUGACUUUGGAUAGGACUGCCUUGAAGAUUACUAUCAUAAUAAAAACCUACUAGCUCCGAUAUUUGGAGACAUUUUUUGGAAAGGUCACCUGACUUGAACACCAGCAAUCCUGAACAUCGCCCUUUAGGAGUGAGGGCAGCGAGGGCUCUAUCUAUGUACCAUGCAGCAGGAGAACACUGCAGACUGUCUUACUGUAGUUUAGCUGAUCCAUACAAUGUAAACCUGGUGACUAUUCAGUCUUUGCUCUGUCACAUUGUGUAUUGUUAACCAUCCCAUAAUGGAUUGUACAAAGAAGGCUUCUGAGUGGCACUUAAAUAAAUAACUGGCUGUGUUUUCUCUCUCCUUAUUAAAACUUUCCCACAUCAGUGUAUGUUUUGGCAUUGACUUAAUAGAUUUUCUGAAUGUGCAUGUAUCAUAAUGUACCAUUGUACUUGUACACGCCAUUGUAGAGUUCACAUAGAAAUGUUUAUAGUUUGGUACAGGGCAUGAAUCAGUUAUUCAUACCCACAAACUUGUGAUAUAUUGAUGGGAAAAGUUAAGUGUAAUAUUUAUGUAGCCCUGUGGGGCAUAUAGCUUUGUAACAAUUCUGAUUUGCUAUUUAUGUACUGCACUAUUAAGUUUAUAGGCAUCUGCUCUUUGUUGGAGGCAGCUGUGCUCCAUUAAGAGGCAGGAGGGGACACCCCCAUCUCCACCUACAUGCAUCAUGUUCUCUACUGGAGAACUUUAGUUUUGUUGUUUGUUCUAUUUAACCAGGAAAGCCCCUCACUUUCUCAGAGCUAUUUGUCAUUGUACAGUUCUCACCAUCACUACUUUUCUUUAUUUUUUUCCAUACACAAAGAGCAACUGUCCAAUUUCAUUUCACAUGAUUUUAUUGCAGAUUAAGGGAAAACAGCAAAGCAAGAAAGAACAAAUGUAAAGUCUCCAUGAGAGAGCACAGUAUAUGCAUCGCCUCUGUGGCAGGAUGCAUGUGAAUUGAACUUGAAGGGUGUGGUUGUGAGUAAUGCUCAGAGCUGACCUAUUUCUGUUCCCAGUGAAGUCAAUGACAAAUCUUUCAUUGACUUCAGUAGGAGUAGAGUUUCACCAAUGCACUAGCACCUCCUGCUGGGUAUUUUGGGAAUUAGCUCAGUCCCAGAGGGCACGCCCUCAGGUGGUGGUAGCUCUCCCACCCUCUUCUCCACCUGCAGACCCAUUUGAGCUCCUUUCUCUCGGCAUCUGCUUCGUGGCACAGCCAUCCGGGCAUGUCACAAUCAGGUUUCUCCCCUUUCUGGGAGACUCCUCCAAUAAGAGUCCAGACACUCCUCACAGUGGCUUGGCAGUCCACAGCCAGGCCACACCUUCAAAGUCUAGUGGGGGCUGGUGGGCAGGCCCAGGGACCCCACAAACAGCAGCUUCCUGCUGCCUCUUCCUUCCAGCUGACUGUCUCUAGUCCCUGGGCCACUUCCCCACAGCCUCAGUGCCUUCUGCUCCUGCCUCUGGCUCCAGCUACUUUGCCCUCUUCCCAGGGCCUCGAGCCCAUAAAUCCUGGCAGCCUGUCAGGAGCUCUCCCUAGCUCCCAGCUAGCACCUGCCCUUCCCCAGGUGCUGGUCUCGCUGUAGCCCUCUAGGAAUCCAGUCUUCUCCCUCAGGCUCCCUGCAGCAGACCAAGUGGCUCUGUUCUGCAGCUUCCUUUUAUAUGAGCUGGCGGGGCUCUAAUUGGCUGUUUCCCCUACAGCCACUCCUUUGGCUGCCUGAUGCUCAGCCUCUCUAUGCUGGUUUUAACCCUCUGAGGGCCAGUGUGGGGCAGGCGCCCCGUCACAGCAUCGGUGUGAACACAUCUGUUCUAUGCACAGAGAAUGAUAUUGUUCAUGCCCUAGGGAACUUACAAUUUAAAUAGACAGGUAGCACAAGUCCACUGGUAGACCCCAAAGGUUGUAUUUUCAUUUCUAUUGAUGUGACUUAGUUUGUGAGUUUCCCAGGAGAGGUCAAGAAUAUCUAACCCUGCAUACAGUGCUGUAUAUAGCAGCAGCAUAAUAAUGAUAAUAAUUAGGCAUCUGUUAUUUGAGUACAACAUCCCUUUGCCAAAGGGACAUUUCUUCUGCUUUGUGGCCAGAACUAAGGCUCUUUUGUGAAGCACAGUGGGUACUGAAUAGCCAUUUUAAGAUUGACUCUUUCCCCCUCCUCCCUACGAUCCUUCCCAAACAUACUUUCAGAUAUUUCACAUCUUCUCCAGGACUGUAGAUUUUAAAAAUAUCUUUGUUAUGAUAGAGGCAAAACCUAGACAGAAGAAAAUCAUUGUUAAUUGACUCUUUGAUGAAUUCAUGUUGCUAUAGAGAUGGAGAAAACUCCGUUAAGCAUUUGAUGUAUUACAGAACUCACCUUCAGGGUAAAGGUAGGAGCACAGGUUGGUGAUUAUUCUGUGUAACUUUCCAGUAGAAAGAAUGAUUUAAUGUUAUUUUUUCCUCAGUUUUCCUGCACUGAAGAGGAAAUGAAGUUUUGUGCUUUGGGGUUUUUUGAUUUUGUAACUUAGCUAUAACUUUUGGUGCUCAGGCCCAGAUUUGUAAAGGUAUUUAGGCUUAGGUCUUUUCAAAAAGAAAUGUAGGUUUCUAAGUCAGUUGAGCAUUGCAGCCACUAAAUAAUUGUAAAAAUCUGGGCCUUCGUCCCAUAGUUUAUAAGAGUCUUAGAAAUGGAUGGCUGGAUAGAUAGGCACACAAGGGAAAGAAAGAGAUACGGUUAAUAAAUUGCCAGUUAUAUUUCUUGGGUUCAUUGCUGUUAUACACUUUCAGAAGCUUGGAAACAAAACAUAUUUUACAACCAGUUUUGCCAAUUUCCACUUUACAACUAGUGGGCCAAAUUGUGGCUACUGCUCUGAGGAGAGGAAAAGACUCAAGAACCAUUCCCCACAAGCUCCUCUGCUCAGCUGGCAGCCACAACCACUCUGUUGAAUGCAGAAAGAUGUGGUAGCAGCUAGUACUGCCCAGCACUUCAAAUUGUAUGUUUUGGGAUAUGGCCAAGGGUGUAUACACCCUGUGUGGGAACAUGUUGGGGGGGGGUACAUAUGUGAUGUCUACCAUCCUGGCUGAUGCACUAGUGGUUGAACUGGUGACCUCCAGAGCUGAAAGCCUCUGUCACCAUAGCAUGAGCUAAAGAGCCAGGCUCUCAAGCCAAUAGCACAUGAUUGAGCAUAGAGAGCAACAUUACACAUUAGCCAGUGAGCUGUAUACUUUACCAAGACAGAGGACUCUCAUGUCUAGCAACUGAGGCCUACAGCAGUUUGAAUCCUGGAGGAACUGGUGACCCCACAGCAGCGAGGUCCUCAUGCUGUUUUGGAAGGUACUGUUUUUCUCUUUUCCCUCCUGUGAGUUUUUCUACUGAAGGAGACAACUGGGUCCACUGAAUUUUGUACAAACACAUAGAUGUUUUUAAAACUACUUGGAGACUAAUUCCUCUCCCCUGCCCUAGCACAGAACAUUUCUUGAGCGUUUCAAUCUUGAUUCUCCUCCUCCACUGUCCAUGAGGUGCUACUCUUAAUUACUGCGUGUGACCCCUUCAGUGGCAAAAGAAGAGAAAGUAAGAGAAAAGCUGCUGAAUGCUUCUCACUUCAUUUAACAGCUAAAUAC